AGUGAGCAGAUCAGUAAGAGUCAGUCGCAGGUGGACCGCUUGUACGUUUCGCUGAAGGACCUGGUGGAGGAGCGCAAGAGCCGCCUGGAGCAGCAGUACUGGCUCUACCAGCUCAACCGCGAGGUGGAUGAGCUGGAGCAAUGGAUCGCUCAGAGGGAAGUGGUGGCUAGUUCGCCCGAGCUGGGACAGGACUUUGAGCAUGUCAGCUUGCUCCAGGAGAAAUUUACAGAGUUUGCAUCAGAGACAGGCAGCGUGGGUCAGGAACGCGUGACGGCUGUCAAUCAAAUGGUGGACGAGCUUAUCGAUUACGGCCAUGCCGAGGCUGCCGUCAUCGCCGAGUGGAAGGACGCCGUCAACGAGUCAUGGGCUGAACUGCUGGAGUUGAUAGAGACACGAGCACAGAUGCUGGCUGCCUCGCACCAGCUGCACAAGUUCUUUGCCGACUGCCGGGAGGUUCUGUCUCAGAUUGAGGACAAGCACCGCAGGUUACCGGAGGUGCGCAUCUGUCAGAGCAGUACGGCCAACACCAGCACGCUGCAAAGGCUGCUGCACGGCUUCGAGCAGGAUAUCCAACUGCUGGUCACUCAGGUGCGUCAGCUGCAGGAGAGCGCGGCCCAGUUGAGGACCGUGUAUGCCGGUGAGAAAGCGGAAGCCAUUGCCUGCCGCGAGCACCAAGUUAUGCAAUGCUGGAAGGAGCUGCUCACCUCGUGCGAGGAGUGUCGGCUACAGAUCACCACUGAGACGGACAAGCUCAGGUUCUUGGGCCUUGCUCGCGAUCAGAUCAUGUGGAUGGACUCCAUCCUCUGCCAGAUCAACACGGGGGAGAAGCCAAGGGACGUGUCAUCUGUAGAAGUUCUGAUGAACUAUCACCAGAGUCUGAGGAACGAGGUGGACGCCCGGAGUCAGAGUGUGAUGGAAUGUAUCGACAUGGGAAAGAUGCUGCUGGCGGCAAGGAACCCUGCAGCUCACCAGAUCAAGGAGAAGCUGGACCAGGUUGUCGCUAAGCAACACGAGCUGUCUGUGAAGUGGGACAAGCACUGGGAGGCCCUCCAGCAAC